AUGGCGGCUUCUCUGCAAUUCGCAAACCCUACAUUGUCUCAAACCCUAGCUUCUCCGAUCAGAUCUUCUUCCUUCCGAUCUCCAUUUCUCAGAUUCGAUUCCUCCUCCGUCUCUUUCCAUUCCAAACUCGUUUCCUCGAGAGAAGCAUCAUCGGCGUUCGUAACUCGCUCCGCCGCAGAGCCACAAGAGAGAAAAACCUUCCAUGGUCUCUGCUAUGUCGUCGGCGACAACAUCGACACUGAUCAGAUCAUUCCCGCUGAGUUUCUCACCCUUGUACCUUCGAACCCAGACGAGUACGAGAAACUCGGUUCCUACGCGUUAAUCGGACUUCCGGCUGCUUACAAGGAACGAUUCGUUCAGCCAGGGGAAAUGAAGACGAAGUAUUCGAUCAUUAUCGGAGGUGAAAACUUUGGAUGUGGAUCGUCUCGUGAACAUGCUCCGGUUUGUUUAGGUGCGGCGGGAGCUAAGGCAGUGGUGGCUCAGUCUUAUGCUAGAAUCUUCUUCAGGAACUCUGUGGCUACUGGUGAGAUUUAUCCGCUUGAUUCGGAGGUUAGGGUUUGUGAUGAGUGCAAAACAGGGGAUGUUGCUACGGUUGAGUUGAGGGAAGGUGAUAGCAUUUUGAUCAAUCAUACGACGGGGAAAGAGUACAAGCUUAAGCCGAUUGGUGACGCUGGACCGGUCAUUGACGCCGGAGGUAUAUUCGCUUAUGCUAGGAAAGCUGGAAUGAUUCCAUCUGCAUCAGUCUGA